AAAGAAGCGAUGAGCUUUCCGCCUUGAAAAUGAGGCUGUGAAAGCAAAAUUUUGCCGUUUAAAACCAGCGGGUGGGAUAUUGUUCAUUUUCAAAGAUGCCUCAACUGGCUAGCAGACGUGUGAGGUAGCGGCUUGCCAUUUUCAAAACAUUGAGAAAUAGAGAACCAAUAACGGCAGUCAAUAUGCAUGUGGGAGGGCAUGGUAAUGCCAAUCCAAACACCACUUGGCUGAAAAGCCGUGGAAUGUGGGUUUCAUACAUUCUUGGAAUGCUUAUUCUUCAUCUAAUCAUUUUGAGUGUGCCUCUUUUGAGCGUAGCAAUGGCUUGGACUGUGACAAAUCUUAUCCACAACUUGAGUCACCUCAUAUUUUUACAUUCACUGAAGGGAGCUCCAUGGAUUCCUCAAGAUCAAGGUGAUUGCCGCAGCCUGACACAUUGGGAGCAAAUAGACGAUGGCGCUCAAUUCACUAAAACACGGAAGUUCCUGUUUGCGGCUCCAAUUGUGCUGUUUCUAUUGACAUGUUUUUACACCAAAAAUGAUACAAGUCAUUUUGUUGUUAAUUUGGUAUCUCUUGUCAUUGUCAUUGUACCCAAGUUGCCUCAACUUCAUGAAGUCCGCAUAUUUGGAAUUAACAAGUAUUGAAACUGCUUCCUAACUAGUUUUGAAACGUUUGUCUACCAUGCAAAACUACAGUUACAUCUAACAAAAAAUAUUUAAAUCCAUUUGCUGUGCUAUGGUUGUGUCAAGUUGUACUUUAGUACAUCUACUUUAAGGCUUUUUGAGGAAACGAAGUAAUAUAAUAAGCUGUAAUCAGUUAAAGAGAUAUAAGCCAUUAAGAAAUAAUUACAAGGAAUAUGUAUGUUUUAGAUUGUUGAUGUGCCAAUAUUUCUUAAAUGGAAAGUGCAAACUGCCAAAUUGUUCCAGUUUUCCAAACAUCAAGAAUGUUGAAAAUUGCGUUACUGAGGAAAAGUCUGCUUUUUUAUUUGUACCAAUAAUAUUGAUUGAUUGAUUGUUAGUUUUUGUGAAACUCAUGCAAUUUUUAUGUAAAUACUUGAUUUUUAACUAGUCGCCGUCAAUUUGCUUAAACGUUUUUUUAUAAGCUGUAAGAAAAUUGUACACCAUAAUUUUGAUGUGCUACAUCUUACUGUGUUAUUUUGAUUAUAUUCUUAUAAAGUUUUUCUGUUUCAUUUUGUAAUCUUUUAUUUAUCAGGAUCAUG